UUAGCACGUCUCUCUGACUAAUAGUGCUCCUCACAAACAGGCUUAUCAAAUAGAACACCUGCAGAAGAGUUAAAACUGCCACUGACAGUCACAAUCUCCCUCUGGGAAUGGGGUUAUCGGCCAUGCAAUCGAAAAGGAACAAAGACACCUAAAGGUUUUCCCAGCAGUCUUUUGCGAGUGCUUCAGAGACAGCUGCACACAGUGGAUUAACAGGGAGAAUGUUUCUGUGGGCUGGAAGCAAAGCUCAAAGACCAGGAAGUGAGAGAAGGACCAUUUAUCAGAAGAUUCGUGAGUAUGAUAUUUUGGAGAAGAGAAGGACAGUGACAGCUCUGAAGGCUGGAGAAGACAGAGCUAUUCUUUUAGGUCUCAGUAUGAUCCUUUGCUCUGCCAUGAUGUACUUUGUGUUAGGAAUCACAAUGGUGCGCUCUUACUCAGACAGUGUUUGGACAGAGGAGUCUAACUGCACAGUGCUGAAUUCUAGUAUAGUUGCUAAAAUUAAUUGUAGCUAUAGCUGUGGGUCAGAAUGCAGGAAGAGUUCCAUGUAUCCCUGUCUUCAAGUGUAUGUCAGCCUGAACUCCUCUGGCAGAGUUCUGCGGCUCUCCCACAAUGAGGAAGCCCAUGAGGCCAACCCUGAGUGUUUUUACAUACCAAAAUGUCGCAAGGAUUCUACAUUGAUGCACACCAUUGUGAUGAACAUCUCAGAGAGACUUAAGACACAUCAGCAAGUGUCAUGUUACUACGACCCCUCAGAUCAGCAGGAUAGUGUUCUCCUGACACGUCUUUAUGGCCGUGGGGCCAUCGUCAACUCCCUCCUCUGGCCCACAUGCACGCUAGUAGGGGGUACACUUAUCAUCGCUAUGGUGAAACUAACUCAGUACCUGUCCUUCCUGUGUGAGCGGAUCAGCCGCAUCAAAAGGAUGGGGUUGUACCCACUAACGGGAGCCUCGCACGCCAGGGUCUGCACUCAGAAGUAUAAUGGUGGUAUCCAGGAUGGGGUUUGAUUGUGACAACAACAUGCAGAUCCGUCAGCAAACUUGAUUUCUACCUUUUCACAGCAUAAACACAUAAGACUCAAAGUGUGAUAAAACUCAUGUGGUCUUCUUCCGAGUCCCCAUCAGCACUGUUAAUCUGUCAAGGUUGUGUUGGCAAGGCUGUAGUAAUGUCGUAAAUGAGAACUUCCUGUAAUACUCAGCCCCCACUGAAGUCAGGCUCCACAGUCCCAGUGGUCACAGUUGGAUUUUCCUAACAUGAGACUGGCUAAAGUCCAAUCCCCUGAAAUUCAAGGGUCAAAAUAUCUGGUCAUGUUGUGGAGUGUUGAUUACACUAGAGGACCAUUGGUUCACUGUGACUCCAUUCCAAGAAACAUCACUACUAAGUGUCUUGACCAGCUGUUACUAAUGUGGGCUAAUGACAGAACUAAAGUAGUUUGCGCACACUAGUUUCAUCAACUAUGUGAAUGUGGUCUUUCACGCCUUUUUGACAAACACCUGUGGAUCUCUUAUAUACCAAAGGUUAAGUUACUAUACAGUGUCUCCUACUGCUGAGUUUCAUAUGAAAUCCUGUCUAGUUCUAGAAGUGGUUCUGCCAAUAUAAUUGAAUAUUGUCAAUGCUUGAUUAUUCACACACUAUAAAUCUAACACACCCCGUAUCAAUUUUAUUAGUUGUAGCUGUGUUGCUUACAACAUACCAAUGUCUGCCUGGCAUGAUUUUACCCUUCUAUGGUUUUAAUUGUAACAGUAGCACACCUAUAUUUACCCAAUCUUGAUAUCCAUCUGUUACCAGUUUUGUGGACUUCCUAGAGAACAAUUAGCAGCAGAAGCUGUAGACUGCAUCAUUUCUUUUUGAAUAAGUGAGCCGGCUCCACAUACAUUAUUUCCCCAUUAAUUAAUUUUCUGUAGGUGUAGUGGUAGUGGAAGCUUCGGCCAUCAGGUUUUUCAGGGAAUGUGAAGUUUUCCUUUAUAGGCAGUGGCCCUCUGCUUAACAGAUCAGUCCUUUCUGAGUCAGACAGGAUAGAUGACAACUCAGCUGGGUCAACUGGAGGAGCUGCUGAUCCAUGGUGUAGGCUUGAAGUUGCUAAGGGGUUAGAUGUGACAUCGAUCCCAAUGACCAUAGAAGUAGAAGGACCUAUAGGGAUAUUACAUUAAUAAUUAUAAUUAGAAAUAUUUAUCUCAGGAUAUUCUACAGUAAACUGAGUGAAUACAAAUGCUGCUGUGCUAUUAACUUGCCACAUCCGCUGAGGUUGAAACAGACAUGGAAGGAACAGCAGGAUCAGUGGAUGCACGUGCUGGGAAGUGCUCCUCGUCUGCAGAGGAUGGACCUGAUGAAAGAUGAAAAUAAUAAUAAUAAAAGCUAGAUAUCAUAUUAGAAGGUUACAACUGUCAAAAACAAAAAAAAAAGGCAUGGUUUAUCCAUAUAAAUAUAAUGAUCUGGGAUUGUUGAAAAAUCAUCAUCAGCUGUAGCACUAGCACUUGGGGCAGGUGGUGAUGGUUGUGCCCCACCUCCAAAAUAUUUCAACAGUGCUCCUAGGGAAGUUUCAUAAGAGUACAUAUUUGACAGAACAGAAUGUUAUUUUCUCAACACAAAUUAUUAUACACAGCAGCAAGUCAUCUGUACACCUAAAACAACAACUCUUAAUCUAUAACUAGCUAACUGAGGCAUAAUGAUAUUGGAAUAUAAUAGCAAAGACCCCAAAAUGGUAGACUAAUAUAAAUAAUGUUAAGUUGUUAUCAGUACCAAGUUUAUGGAACAGAAGCUUAUUUUUAUUACAAAAAUAUAUACCCAGGAAUGUUAUUUUUACACAGAAGACAAAAACUUUAAUCUAAAACUAGUUAAGUAAUAUGUUGUACUAUAAUAUAUUAAGAUGUCAAGGCUAUUUACGGAUGUUUAAUCAAACUUUCCUAAAAAAGAAGAUAUGCUACAUAGGCUAUAUUAACUAACUAGCCAGCUAAUGUUAGCUCGUAACAUGGCCUAGCUACUUAACAUACCUUUAUCUUGCUGUUUUUCUCUUCCUCUGUUUUCUUCUUUUUCCUUUUCUCUGCACUGGAGGAUAUGUCCUUUUUUAUGACAUUGCUGUUUUGCUGUCUGAAGGUGCUCCCGUUAACUUAAUAUUGCGUUUUUGUAUAGUUACCAUUGUCCAUUGACAGUAUAUCACAAAAACAAAAACAAAAUCAAGCUGUCAUUUCAUGUGCUCUUGGGGGCCCUCUGGUGGCCACAGGGGCCCUAAGCAGCCACUUAGUUCGCUUAUGCCUUGGGCCGGCUCUGCAUGGGGUGGAGAAUGACGUCACCACUCCCAAAAACAUUUUUGCUAUAUCUAAGGAAGGGAAAUAGUUACAAUGUUUGUUUCAACGGCACAAACUGAGCACAAACGGCCAGCACCGGUUUGGAUUUUAGCGAGAUGGGGUGGAGAGUGACGUCACACAGCCCAAAAAAGGGCUCAAACACAAAACCAGCACAAACGUAAAUUUUUGAGGCACAAAUCAGCACAAAUAUAGCACAAACUAAUCGAAUAGAUUAUUUAAUUAAAUGGGGUGCCAACUUCAUGGAGGUGUUAUAGUGAAUGCAUACAGACUGUGAUCUCCCACAUCAUUUUUCAUCUGAAAUUAUUCUUUGAAUACAUUCAAAACACAAUAACAAUCAAAUGCACCCAUGUCUGUGAUAAACAUUUCUGAUUGUCCUGUCAUAUUAAGGGUUUUCUAUUAUUUAUAUGUCCUCUUAUGCAAAGCUUUUCAGUUUGUGUGGACCUUUGUUGAUUGUUCAACAGGAUCUAUUUACAUUUUAUGUCAAUUUGUAUGCCACCUAAGUUGCCACGGGUUCCUUCUGGAAUUUUUGACUAAUUGAAAAAGCAUUUUUUUUUUUUUUUUUUUUAUGCGUACAAUAUACAUUCAUAACUCAUUUAACAGCAAGGUGCCCUCUUUCAGGACUUCAUGUUAAUCUUUUUUGCAUUUUGCCAACUUUAAACUGGAGAGCAAUGACAUAUUAAAGGGAUACCAUUGAACUUUAAAGGAAUAGUUGACCCCAAAAUGAAAAUCCUGUCAUCAUUUACUCACUCAUGUUUAUGCAAACCCAUAUGCAGGGUUGGGGAGUAACGAAAUACAUGGCAUCCGGAAAGUAUUCACAGCACUUCAAUUUUUCCACAUUUUGUUAUGUUACAGCCUUAUUCCAUAAUGGAUUAAAUUCAUUAUUUUCCUCAAAAUUCAACAAACAAUACCACAUAAUGACAAAGUGAAAGAAGUUUGUUUGAAAUCUUUGCAAAUGUAUUAAAAAUAAAAAAAUAAAAAAAUCACAUGUACAUAAGUAUUC